AUGGAUCCAUUCAAACUUUUCCCCGUCGAGAUUGUCCUCCUGGUACUGUCUUUUGUCACAGACUUUGUUGGCUUGGAAAGCCUCAUUUUAAGCUCCCCAUGGGUGCGCGCGGUCUUCGAAGCCCACCCCCGUCGAAUCAUCAUGUCAAUAGUGCGGUUGAAUCCCAUCACCGCUAUGUCCGAAAUCCAGGCUCAGCUUUGGAGAAGUGCUCUGAUCCAUAGACCCUCCGUCCAUUGCACGGACCUAGACAGUUUCUUGCGGCUAUGUCCAGAUACCAGAACAGGUCCAUACCUUCAUCUCGCCCCGGCGACAGACGCCCUCCCCGAGCAAACCAGCGUGGAGCAAAUUUUCCGUCUAAUCACAGUCGCCGCUAGAAUACAGCGGCUUGCGUGCAUGUGCAUGUUUGCCAUGCACCGCAAUUUCAUCUCCGCGGUGGGAGAUGCCUUCGGUCCUACGUCAGCCCGGCGAGCGGGCGAACCUAUCGUUUGGCUAGAAGAAUAUCGAGUCUAUUGGGCUUUGUGGCAACUCGAGAAUUACGCAGCUCUUUGCAAGGCUGCAAGGUCCCGUUGGAGCUGGUCGACGGUAUCAUUCAACAGACUGCGUGAUAUCACCAACAUCGACAGGAAUAUUGUCCCCCUUGCCGAACAUAUUUGGAGCAUAGCUGCAGUCCUGGAGAGCUUAGGACUGCAGUGCUCUUACAAACUCAUGUCAGUUGACAUACUACAGGAGAAAAGUAUGGGUGGGGUGGAGCCUCGAGGCCAUGGGCCAGAAACGUCGAGUGAAUUUGGUGAUCUUCCAGACUAUUCUCCCAACACCAUCCCAUUUUUUCAACUCCUGGAUCCCCUCCCGCUCCAACCAUUGCUUUCUAGUUCUGGCCCCCAGGACGUUUACCCGGUUUGGAGCCCGCCUAGGAUUCCGAAUGGAGAGUCCCAAACCGAAGUGGACUGGCUCCAGGGGCCCCGACAUCGCUUUAGUCUCUCGCCUGCAGCAAUGAUGUACCAAAGCCAUCGCCAAAUGAAUUCUAGCCGCAGGCGGUUCAAAUACGCCACAGCGCUUGGCUCACCACGGCUUUACCGACUUUCCGGGGUGAUGAUAUGGAACCUUUGGCGGAUGUACUCGGUUGGCCUUUUCACCGUCAGAUUCGACGGCACGAGAUGUACGCCAAUGGGUGACAUCGUGGAAAACACUCAGCUGAGCUCCAAGGACUUUGUGCAGAGGUGGUCAGCGCUGAUCCGAAAGCGCACCCCUUUCCUCAAGUAUGAUGUCAACUCGGUGUUGAAAUUUGCCAGAAGCAGCGAUCCACACUGA